UUUCCACUCAUCAAAAAAUAAAAAAUAUCCGGACCGUAAUUGUAGUUGAACUCACUAAAUUACCGAAUCGAACCGCAGAGCAAGAUUUUCUCGCGUUCUUUCCCGGCGAUUAUAUUUUAUUUUUCUACCCCACUUUUUGAUAGAUUUUCCAGGAAAAUUGUAUAUCGAAUAGAAGACAGAAAAUAAAGAAAACAUGGCAUUGAGCUUAACUCACCAGAUCGGAAGCCUAGCCGGUACGCCGGUGCCAGAUACUUCGGCGGGAGAGUCGUCUUCGUCAUCGGCAACGGUUAGCGCAGCGGCGGUGUGGAAGUCUCCGUCAGCGAACAUCCGAUGCGCGGCGAGAAAACCAGAUCCGGCUGGAGCAGACGCGCUGUCUCCUCCGCUGACGCCGUGCAGGUCGCCGUCGCUUACGGGAAUUCGGCCAGAUCUAUCGGUUGCUUGUAAGGCAUUCGCGACGGAUACGGUGGCGAACCCAUCGGAAACGGAGGAGGCUGAGAGAGCGUACAGAGAGGAGGUGUGGUGGGGGCUUGUGGAGAGGGAGAAGCCUGGGGAAUAUAAUUGGGGAGGGUAUAGGGAGCUUCUGGAAAUGGCGAAGAAGCAUGGCUUGAAGGUCCAGGCGGUUAUGUCGUUUCAUCAAUGCGGGGGUAACGUCGGUGAUUCAUGCACUAUUCCCUUGCCUAAAUGGGUAGUGGAGGAGAUUAACAAGGACCCUGAUCUUGCAUACACUGAUCAAUGGGGAAGAAGAAACUACGAAUACCUAUCACUGGGUUGUGAUACUUUGCCAGUACUCAAGGGCCGUACACCAGUUCAAUGUUAUGCUGAUUUCAUGCGUGCCUUCAGAGACAAUUUCAAGAACCUUCUUGGUGACACUAUUGUGGAAAUACAAGUUGGUAUGGGUCCAGCUGGUGAGUUGCGUUACCCUUCAUACCCAGAGCAAAAUGGCACAUGGAGGUUCCCAGGAAUUGGUGCUUUUCAAUGCUAUGAUAAGUAUAUGUUGAGUAGCUUGAAAGCUGCAGCCGAAGAUGCCGGUAAGCCAGAAUGGGGAAGCACAGGCCCAAGAGAUGCUGGCGAAUAUAAUAACUGGCCAGAAGACACACCAUUCUUCCGCAAAGAAGGAGGAGGCUGGAAUAGCGAAUAUGGCGAAUUUUUCCUCACUUGGUACUCUAAGAUGCUCUUAGACCAUGGUGAGAGGAUCCUCACCUCAGCUAAGUCGAUCUUUGAGGACACAGGAGUCAAGAUAUCAGUAAAAGUUGCUGGCAUCCACUGGCACUAUGGUACAAGGUCUCAUGCUGCAGAGCUCACAGCAGGUUACUACAACACCAGGUACCGGGACGGCUACCUCCCCAUCGCCCAGAUGCUUGCACGACAUGGCGCCAUCUUCAAUUUCACGUGCAUUGAGAUGCGCGACCAUGAGCAGCCUCAGGAUGCUCUCUGCGCACCGGAGAAGCUCGUGAAGCAAGUGGCUUUGGCAACUCAAAAAGCGAAAGUUCCCCUUGCUGGUGAGAAUGCGCUGCCAAGGUAUGACGAGUAUGCACACAAACAGAUCUUAAAGGCAUCACAGCUGAACGUGGAUGACGACUCUGGCGAAAAAGAGAUGUGUGCAUUCACAUACCUGAGGAUGAACCCUCAUCUAUUCCAGCCAGAUAACUGGAGGAAGUUUGUGGCAUUUGUGAAGAAGAUGAAAGAAGGGAAGAGUGCACGUAAGUGUUGGGAGCAAGUGGAGAGAGAAGCAGAGCAUUUUGUGCAUGUCUCGCAGCCACUUGUGCAAGAGGCUGCUGUUGCUCUUAGUCAAUAAUAAUUUGCUUGGAUCUUCUUCGUCUUGGGCUUUAGGAAAUCAGUGACAGAUAGGCUAUGAAAGUUUUAGUUAUGCAGCAGCCUAUCUCUCUGGCUUUGGAGAUGUAUAAUUUUGUAUUAUAUUUUGUUGUAUUCUACCGAAAACAUCUAUUAUUACCAUUCAGGUAGCGUAAUGCCGUAAUGUAUUGUUGGGGAAAGAUUAUGUUAUUAUCAAUAUUA